AAGACGGCGACUUUGCAAAUGGUGUGGCCUGGUUCGACCCGAACAUUUUUUGAGGGCUCUGCAAUCUUCAUCAUCGGUUGCCAAUCGAGACUGUAGAAAGUAGCAGUCUGGGAGCAGAGAAGCGUAGCGCCAAUUCGAGGAUGGCGAGGUCAACUAGCAAGGAUGCUCAAGACCUUCUUCGCGCUCUUUGGUCUGCUUAUUCUGCCACUCCCACAAAUCUCAAGAUCAUUGACCUGUAUGUCAUGUUCGCAGUGUUCACAGCUCUGAUCCAGGUAGUUUACAUGGCUUUGGUGGGAUCAUUCCCAUUUAACUCCUUCCUUUCAGGAGUACUUUCUUGUAUCGGGACAGCAGUUCUUGCUGUUUGUCUCCGGAUCCAAGUAAACAAGGAGAACAAGGAAUUCAAGGAUCUUGCGCCGGAGCGUGCAUUCGCAGAUUUUGUUCUGUGCAAUUUGGUACUCCAUUUGGUGAUCAUGAACUUCCUUGGUUGAGUUGUGGCAGGGGCUUUUGUUAUGUGCAAUAAAUCUUUUAGAUUAUAAAAAUCAACAGUAGCACACCUAAAUCUUGUUUUUGUAUUAGCCCCCCCCCCCCCCAAAAAAAGGCAAAAAAUAGUCACUAUCAUUUAACUUAACGCUAGCCUGGUGUUGAACAGUUUUGGGCCGUGUUUUCAGCUAUGCUAUCAGUUAACAUUGCAACCAUUAAAGUUAAUUUUUGAAUACUUCAUUCACUUUAUGAUUA